UCAUAAACCGAUUGAUACAAUACAUACAACAAUGUCCGUUAUAUUCUUUUCUUUCUCCCUCCUAAAAGACCCAAAAUGCUUUAACCUCCCUUCACUCUUCCCCGCCACCUUCUUGACUACAUAAACAUUAACAAACCUCUCCCUCUAUCCUAUUCAUCAAAUCCUCCCCAAAACUUCCCUGCCAAAAAUGCACAACUCCCCCGACCGGUUGCCGAUCCAGUACCCCACCCCGGAGCCCCAACGCAUGAAGCGUCAGCACACCCCCCGGUACUACGCCCACCGGGUCCGUGAAAGCCUCACCACCCGGGUCUCCAAGCUUUUCUGCACCAUCUUCUUGGGCCUCCUCCUCAUUCUUGGCAUGGUAGCGUUCAUACUAUGGCUUAGUCUACGUCCACACCGCCCAAGAUUUCAUAUCCAUGCAUUUACGGUUCCGGGCUUGAACCAAGAAACCGGGUUUGAAAAUGCUGAGAUCACAUUCAAUGCCACGGCCCGUAACGCCAACCAUGAUAUUGGUAUAUACUAUGACUCAAUGGACGGGUCGGCUUAUUAUAAGGACCAGCGGAUUGGCUCAAUCUCCGGGUUACUGCCCCCGUUUUAUCAAGGGCCUAAGAACACGACGAUCGUGGCUGGGUCGUUUACUGGGGCUACCUUAACGGUGAAUAGCCAGCGUUGGAUGGAGUUCAUCAAUGAUCGUUCGAGAGGAACGGUCGUGUUUCGACUUGAAUUUUCGGCUACGAUUAGGUUUAGGAUUCAGUCGUGGGAUAGUAAGCGCCAUCGGAUGCACGCCAACUGUGAUGUCGAUGUGGGCCAGGAUGGCUUGAUCUUGCCUGUUUCUAAAGAUAGGAGAUGCCCUGUCUAUUUCACCUGAAUUUGGAGAAUUAUUUUGAUUUUUUUUUUUUUGCAUUUUAACUUAUGUUUUUAUUUCGUAUGCUUU